AUGGACCAUGUCGAAACCGCAGACCAACAUGCGAGGCAUGAAGAUUGCUUCAUUGACCACGUUGGCUAUCCUUUCGACAUCAACUAUCAAUUAUCUUCUCUCCAAGAAACUGCUUUCCGCCACCAGUUGAAUUCUCCAAAAGCAGAACAUGAACUUUGUGCCGACUCUGUACCUGGUACAAUUGAGCUUGAAGAGCCUCCUGGCCGAUAUGAACUAUUCUUCAGGGAUCUAGAAGAACGUUGCGCCGGCAUACAAUCUCCCCCUCGAAUGCUCCCAGCGUGGAAUGAUGCAUGUCAAACUCCUUCGUUGCCGACCACGCUUCUUGACAUAGAUUUCAGUCCAGAACUAGACUUGGCAGAACAUGAGAAACAGAUGCGGACAAAGAGAGAGCCCGAUCUCACCAAAAUCUGGUUGCCAGUCCUGCCAGUUGAUGAAACCAAAGACGGAGGUCUACAAUUCCCCCCACGAGCUCACAAAAUUGCAGAACUGCUUUGGCACCAGCUCGAAAAUGAGACGGUGGCAACGGAUGCCGAUGACAGAUAUCUACAUGGCAUUAGGCAAGAGGCCAAUGAUGCUGUGAAGAGUUUUGGUAAUAUGCUAAGCCCCGUGCCGCAAUGCGUAGACGAGAACCUCGUGGAACUCGUGACUGUGCCAGUACGAUCUCAGCAGGAGAGGGAAUCCUCGUGGGACGCAGUAUCUUUUGUCUCGGUCAUUGAACUUACGUCGGAGUCGGAUAACAUUAAACUGCGGCAAGAUGACUCGUCUGUGUCAACAACAGCCUCUCACACCUGCACAAACACACAGACGCGCUCCCCACCCCAAAGGCUUCCUAGGGACGAGUCUAGAGUUCACUGCGAGGCGCCUGAAGACAUUGAUAGGCAGGAUACGGGAGUAUUAGGUUCAUCUCAGAACCAUAGUAGCCCCAUCUUGCUACCGCCUGGUGCAUUUUCUGGCAUUUCCGAUUUACGCUCCUCUCAAGAAAUUUUGGAAACUGGCGGUGGAACUCUAGUAGCGAGAUUUACUGAUGAACCGGCAGAGAAUGCGCCGCUCGACGGAGACUCUGUCGAGCCACACGACUCGAAAUAUUUUGUACGCACGCCAGUUUCUAGGACUACAUACGACACACCCAAAAUUCCACAGUUGGGUGCUCGGCUUACAAACGAGGUUGAAAUGCUGGUUGAUAAAGGACUGGAGUUGGUUUGUUCACAGAAAAGCACGGUAGACGAGCGGGCUGUUGCCAACGAGGCACAGGUUGACAGCCGCAACUUUCGGGAACCAAAAAAAUACGAACAACAUAACAGCGACGAUGCUUACAAUACUAGCAACUUGUUAGCUCAGUUUAUGGAAAUGCGAGGCAUUGAGAACAAUCGAGCGAUUUGCUCCGACGUCAGAAUAUCAUCCAAAUCAAGUCCGUGGAAAGCUCACAUCACAGACCAAGAAGCGGCUCAGAUACAAACCAAUCCAAAAAUGGCAAACGUCUCGGAACAAAUAUCCGCUCUUGUACCAGAUGUAGUGACUCCAAAAGAGCCUGGAUGUUGCUUAGUAUCAGUACAGAUGGGCUAUUCCAUGAUAAAGAACCUAGAGGAGGCUUGGCCGGCCAACAAGUUGGUUGACAGGGAUUAUGGGAGCCAUCUACGUUGCUCAGAUCAACGUGGAAAUGGCAGGAACGCGCUCUCCUUGGUUUCUUCUGCUUAUGAAGUCGAUGUUUCUCUGACACCGAACGGCGGCAUAGUUGUAACGACUCUCUUACAAGUCAAGCAAAAGCAAUUGCCCGGAUCAAAGGCUUUGACAUCACUACGUCAAAGAAUGCUGAACCUUAGCCGACAGUACCGAACGCUCAUAAUACUAGUAUCCGAGGCCAAUAGCUCAGGGGAAUAUAUGGCAGAAUUUUCAACAUCGGAUUUGGAUGCCUAUACUGAUUUUGUUUGUUUUGUUUCUCAUCUUUCGGCAGAUGUUCGUGUUUACUUGGUUCCGGGAGCCGAAAAGUCACUCUCUCGGUGGAUUUUGUCGGUCAUGGCACUCUAUAGUCCACAAAUGAAGCCUUUGGACGACAGCAUGGCAUUUUGCAAUACCAAGUGGGAGCUGUUCUUCCGAAGAUCCGGGCUCAAUGUGCGAGCUUCCCUCCUAUUGUCUCAUGUGCUGUUCGAAGAGUUCGGGACUCUCGGGCUGGUAACUUUUCUAGGAAUGACGAUGGAGCAACAAAUGUCAAAAUAUGGAGAAAUGUUGGGACUAGAAGAACACAUCGCACGCGCCGGAAAAAUAUGGAAUAACGAUGACGAGUCAAAAGAGUGGCUGAAGCAUUGA